GAAAAUCUUCUUCCGCUGCCUCAAGCCGUAACACUUUCGUUAAGAUUCGUUUGUGCAAGUUCUAUGAACAUGGUCUUUGCUGGCACGGCGACAAUUGCUCCUAUGCUCACGGUGAGAAAGAACUAAGGCAGGCUCCGGACCUCCGCAAGACCAAAAUAUGCCAUCAGUUUCGUCUAGGUAAAU